AGCGAGUCAGUGGCGCGCGCUGUUCUUCCUAAAUGACUCCUUCAUGAGCGAUAUCCAUCGGGAUACUUAUUAGUGGGGCCACAUACGUCCCCGGAUUAGUACGCAUCCUGCAUCCGAAGUUACAAUACCACCGGAACACGUAGAACUAGCUUUUCGAUAUAUCUAGUCUUUAUAAAUAGUCUGCCAUGGAGAAUUUCCUAAGUUAUCAGUGCGGAGAAGAAUCGUGGGAGCAACGUGUGUUCUCCGUGAGUUCGUACCAGCAUUCUGAAAGCCAGCCGGCGGCGAAGCAAAGGUGCCAGGCGAAUGCGCGCGAGAGGGACCGGACGCAGAACGUGAACAUAGCGUUCAACACUCUGCGCUUGCUCAUCCCCACGGAACCACCAGACAGGAAGCUCAGCAAGAUCGAGAUCCUUCGCCUAGCCGGCAGCUACAUCACGCACCUCGACAAUCAACUCUAUACAGGAGAUCUGGAACAGCCCUGCUUACAGAAGAAUGACGUAAGCGACCAAGAUAAAUCACUGUGUACUUUUUGCUGGUCGGCCGUUAAAAAAGACAAAUCCCCCACAUCACACGUCAGUUACUACAAGUCUCCUCGCUGAAACAAGUGCAGUCUAGUCUAUCGUUAGCUUUACGCAACUAUUUUUUAAUUUUAAUUACCAAAGGAUUAUAGCAAUUAUAGUGAAAGUAUCAAUCAUUUAAUUAAGUUUAUUGCCUAAGCCUUAUUUUGUUUACUCGUAAACUUAGGUUUUAACGUAGGUAAAUAUUUUAUUUCUAUUUUAUUAACAACUUUUAUUGCUAUAGGUAUUUAGUUUGUAAUAAAC